CGCUUCCUCCAGCGCUGGCUGGCGCCUGAAGCAGUCGAGUCCAAGGGCUACUCCAUGGCAGCUGACAUGUAUAGCUUUGGUGUGUUGAUGUGGGAGAUCUGGUCACUCGGAGCCACUCCUUAUGCACAAGUGUCCGAUGACAAGGUGCCGCUUCAGAUCACGUCGCAGCACUUGCUGCCAUGUCCGCCCGGCUGCCCGCCAUCAGCCUUUGAUCUCAUGCGCCAGUGCUGGGAGUAUCGCCCUUCGGCUCGACCC